ACCGCCGCGGCGGGGCUGGCCAGCAGCGCCUGACGCCGGCCCGCGGGCGGCCCUGAGGCGGCGGGGGGCGCGGCGCGGCUGGGCCCUGAGGCGGCGGGGCGGCCGGCUCGGAGCGGUGCCCCGAGAUGGCGCGGAGCGGCCGGGCCCUCGGCAGGGCGCUGGCCGGCGGGCUCGCCGUCAGGUACUUGGGGCACUUGGCUUCUUGUGGUAUUCUGAUGACCAGAAUUUCUCCUUUGCAAGUACCUGUAGCAAGCCACACCUUCUCAAGAACUUUCUUCAACAUUGCUGCACCACUAGUAAACAAAAGAAAAGAGUAUUCUGAAAGAAGAAUUAUAGGGUAUUCUAUGCAGGAAAUGUAUGAAGUUGUUGCUGUUGUGGAGAAUUACAAACUAUUUGUUCCUUGGUGUAAAAAGUCAGAUAUAUUAUCAAAGCGCUCUGGAUACUGCAAAGCACAGCUAGAAAUAGGAUUCCCUCCUGUAGUAGAGAGGUACACAUCGGUUGUUACCCUAGUGAGACCACAUUUAGUUAAGGCAUCCUGCACAGAUGGAAAACUGUUUAAUCACUUGGAAACAGUGUGGCGUUUCAGCCCAGGUAUUCCUGGCUAUCCAAGGACAUGUACAUUGGAUUUUUCAGUUUCUUUUGAAUUUCGUUCGCUUCUACACUCAAAACUUGCUACACUAUUUUUUGAUGAAGUGGUAAAGCAGAUGGUAGCUGCCUUUGAAAGAAGAGCAUCCAAGCUCCAUGGCCCAGAAACAAGCAUACCUCGGGAGCUAAUGCUUCAUGAAGUUCAUCAGACAUAAAAGGGAAAAACAUAAUAACCUCCAUUUAUAAACUGGUUUGUACACUUCAUCUGUACAAGAGGUGCCACGCUCCUCCUUUGGGGCAUGUUUCAUAUCUCAGCUUUGUGUGUGACUUUAUACUGUACAAAACACCUGUUCAGCCAGAUGUAUAUAGAAUGUGCAAGCUGCAAUCAGGUGCAACUUAAAGCUUUAUUGGUAAGAGACAAUUAGCAGCUACUGCAACACGAGCUAUCUUGGGCUGCU